AGGGACGCGACGACGCGGACACGGCCGCACUAGCGGCGGCGGCGGCGGUGGCGGCUGUAGCCAGGGGGCCGGGAGGGUGAGUCUUGCACUCUCCCACUUCCCGGGGCUGGCGCACACGGGCCGGCCACAGCCGCCUCUCCUAGUACCGGCGGCGGCGGCGGCGGCGGCGGCGGCGGCGGCGGCGGCAGCGGCAGCGGCAGCAGCAGGCGUUGUAGCAGCGGCUGGGCCAGCGCCCGGAGCCCCGCGCGGCGUCUCUUUCAGCCCUCGGGGCUGCGGCCACCGGUCCCCGGCGGCCCCGCGGGGCGCGCACCGCCCGAAUCCCGACCCUCUUUCCUUGUCUCCUGCCCCGCGUCCUGCUCCGGGCUCCGCGGCUGCCCCUCGGGGUGCGCGGGCCGGCGUACGGACAGUCGGGCUGCCAGCCGGAGGGCCAGACGAGACCAAGCGAGCGGGGACGGCCGUCGGGGGGCGAGCUCCGGGCCCUGAACUCCGACGCCCGCGCACACAGCCGGCCGCCUCGGGCCCCCCGGGACCAUGAACAGCAGCAGCAGCAGCAGUAAUAGCAGCGCCAAAGGCGGGGGUGGGGGCAGCGGGGGCGGCAGCGACAAAGAACCCAGCCCGAACGACGGCGGCCUCGCGGAGGAAGAGGUCCGGACCCUCUUUGUCAGUGGCCUCCCUCUGGAUAUCAAGCCUCGGGAACUUUAUCUGCUCUUCAGACCUUUUAAGGGCUAUGAAGGUUCCCUAAUAAAGCUGACUUCAAAGCAGCCCGUCGGCUUUGUCAGUUUUGAUAGUCGAUCAGAAGCAGAAGCUGCCAAGAACGCUCUGAAUGGCAUUCGCUUCGAUCCUGAAAUUCCCCAGACCUUGCGACUAGAGUUUGCCAAGGCAAACACAAAGAUGGCAAAGAACAAACUUGUUGGGACCCCGAACCCCAGCACUCCUCUGCCCAGUACUGCCCCUCAGUUCAUCACCAGGGAGCCAUAUGAGCUCACAGUGCCUGCACUUUAUCCCAGUAGCCCUGAAGUGUGGGCCCCGUACCCUCUGUACCCAGCGGAGUUGGCGCCUGCUCUGCCCCCUCCUGCUUUCACCUAUCCCGCUUCACUGCAUGCCCAGGUCCCCUGGCCCCAACCUGCAGCGGGGGUUCUGUCCCCCCUCCCCUUCCUUCACCAUCUGUCUCAGGAAGGCCACUCCAGCUCUGCUCUUUGCUUAAUGAGCAAAUGGAUUCAGAUGCACGCGGCCGUGAACCACGGAUGCGCUGGCUCCCUCCCUCCGAGGCUACUUCUCAGGGCUGGAAGUCCCGGCAGUUCUGCUGAACACUGUGUACCAGGUGUGUGAUGGCGGCUACACUUUGUCUUGUGGGUAUUGAUACAAUCUUCGGCAGUAGCUGCUGGUUUCACGAGCUUUUUUGUUAAGACUGCAGCUUACUGGCUUGAAUGAAGCAUCACCUGGUUUUGAUUCCUCCAAGACGUUGCCACAGCCUCUAUCACACAUCUGUACUUGUCGAAGAAAAAGUAUAAUAAUAAAUAAAACUGUUUUUCUCUUUGA